AUGGAGCUGCUCUCGGAGUGUCGGGAAAACCUCAGAUCCAAACUGAGCCAGAGAUGUGACGGAAUUAUUGAAGGAAGCUCAGAGAUCCACACAGAGCUCUACAUCAUAGAACGAUAUGCAGAAGACGUCCAUAACGAUCGCGAGGUCGGACUGAUCAGAACUGCAGCAGCGCCGGAGAAGACGAUUAAACACAACGACCUCUUCAAAGACGAGUCCAUCAGAAUGGUUCUGACUGAAGGAAUGGCCGGAAUUGGAAAAACGGUCUCGGUGCAGAAGUUUGUUCUGGACUGGGCUGCAGGAAGAGCCAACCAGGACGUCCUGUUCAUGCUCCCGCUUCCUUUUAGGAAGCUGAACCUGGUUAAGGAUGAGACUCUGAGCCUGAUGAAUCUUCUUCACACGUUCACUCCAGAAAUGAAGGAACUGCAAUCGAUAGACUGUGAGACCCACAGAGUCGUGUUCAUCUUCGAUGGUCUGGACGAGUGUCCCCUUCCACUUAACUUCGGGAACAAUCCGAUCGUUUGCGACGUAACCGAACCAGUCUCGGUGGAUGCGCUCUUUACGAACCUCAUCCAGGGGAACCUGCUUCCUUCUGUUCUAGUCUGGAUCACCUCUCGACCAGGAGCAGCCAAUCAGAUCCCUCCAGAGUUUGUAGACCAGGUAACAGAGCUGCGAGGGUUUAACGACCCUCAGAAAGAAGAAUACUUUAGAAAGACAAUUGGUGAUGAGAACUUGGCCAGCAAAAUCAUCAACCACUUGAGAUCUUCUAGGAACUUCAAUAUUCAAUGCAACAUACCAAUCUUCUGCUGGAUUUCCGCCACCGUUCUACAGAGCUUGCUGGGUCAAGCAGAGAUUGUGGAGCUCCCCAAAACUUUGACUCAGAUGUUCACCCACUUCCUGAUCGUUCUGCUCAAACACAAGAACCGAAAGAACCAUAAGAACUGCAGUAUGGAUGCCCACCAGACCACAGAGAUGAUUCUAGCUCUAGGAAAGCUGGCUUUCCAACAGCUGGAGAAAGGAAACCUGAUGUUCUUCGAGGAGGACCUGAAUGAAUGUGGCAUUGAUGUCGGAGAACGAUCAGUGUACUCAGGAGUGUACGCUCGUAUCUUUAAAGAGGAGUUUAAGCUGGACCUGAGGAAGGUCUUUAGCUUCGUUCAUCUGAGCCUUCAGGAGUUCCUGGCAGCUCUGUAUGCGUUCCUUCGUAGUUCUUCUAACGAGUCAAACCUCUCAGAGUUCCUAAAUAUUGCAGUAGACCAGGCCUUACAGAGUGCAAGUGGAAACAUGGAUCUUUUCCUUAGAUUCCUUCUGGGUCUCUCGCUGAAGACCAGUGAGACUCUACAAGACCUACUGACGCAAAAAAGGACGAGUUUACACAACAGAGAGGAAACGGUUACGUACAUCAAGGAGAAGAUCAGGGAGAAUCUAUCUCCAGAACAAUCCAUCGAUCUGUUCCACUGUCUGAACGAACUGAAUGAUCGCUCUUUAGUGCAGGACGUCCAGACCUUCUUAAGGAAUCAUCUUCACAAGGAAACCAGACUUUCUUCUGCUCACUGGUUGGCUCUGGUGUUCGUGCUGCUAAACUCUGAGGACAACCUGGAUGAUUUUGAUCUAAAUAAAUAUGAUCCAUCAGAAGAAGGUCUUCAGAAGCUGCUACCGGUGGUCAAAGCCUCCAGAAAGGUUAAGUUGUGUUGGUGUGAUCUCCAGGAGGAAAGCUGUGCCGCUCUGUCUUUAGUUCUCUGUUCCUGCUCCACCAGAGUGAAAGAUCUGGACCUGAGCGGUAAUAAAGUGCAGGAUUCAGGAGUGAAGCUGCUCUCUGCUGGACUGGAGAGUCCAGACUGUAACCUGGAGAUACUCAGGUUGUGCUGCUGUGGUCUGACAGAAGAAAGCUGUGCAGCUCUAUCUUCGGUUCUCAGUUUGAAAUCCUCCAGACUGAGAACGCUGGACCUGAGUAACAACGACCUGCUGGAUGCAGGAGUGAAGCUGCUCUCUGCUGAACUGAAGGAUCCAAAUAGUCGCCUGGAGAUACUGAGGCUGGAUCUGUGUGGUCUGACAGCAGAAAGCUGUGCAGCUCUAUCUUCGGUUCUCAGUUUGAAAUCCUCCAGACUCAGAGAGCUCGACCUGAGUAACAACGACCUGCAGGAUUCAGGAGUCGAGCUGCUUUUUCCUGAACGGGAGAAUCCGUGCUGUAAUCUGGAGAUACUGAGGCUGUAUGGCUGCAAUCUGGCAGAAGAAAGCUGUGAAGUUCUCUCCUCGGUUCUCGGUUCGAACUCCUCCAGUUUGAGGGAACUGAACCUGAUCGACAACAAGCUGCUGGACGCAGGAGUGAAGCUGCUAUCAGCUGGGCUACAGAAUCCACGCUGUAGACUGGAAAUCCUCAGGUUGUCCUUGUGUGGUCUUCUCGAGGAAAGCUGUGCAUCCCUGUCCCCAGUGCUUUGCUCAGACUUCUCCAGUCUGAGAGAACUUUAUCUGUGGGACAACAAAAUCCAGGAUGCAGGAUUGACGCUGCUCUCUGCUGGACUGGAGAAUCCACACUGCAAACUGGAGAAACUGGAGCUGCAGCGCUGCAGCGUAGCACACGCCGGCUGCGUCGCUCUGGCUUCAGCUCUCACGUCAAAUCCAUCAUCACGUCUGAGAGAACUCAAUCUACAGUACAACAAACCCGGAGAGUCAGGAGUCACGCUGCUGCACGAUCUACUGAAGCUUCCACACACUGAUCUGAAGAGCCUACACAUCGAGACGUAAAUACGGAUCAGGAAUCAGGUUUCACACGGCUGCUAGUGUCGGUGCUCUCGUCACGACAUCACUUCCUGCACUUAUUCACAGAGCAUGAAGACGGGACGCCAGGAGGAGAACAAGGACAAAAUAAAUCCUCUAAACCCGGUUUAUUUACGUGCUUGUGAACCAGCAGCCUGUUUUUGCUUUUUUAUUGCAUUUUCUCCCAGUUCAGCGUAGCCACUUUUGUCUUCUGCUGGGGACCCCGAUGUCGUCCCUCCGUGCUCUGAUGCCCACCGGCCGCUUAUACGCCGCUCUCGCUGACUGAGCAGGGCCGGAGAUGAAGCCACCGGUCGCUUUUUUGAACCAGACACUGGUGGACAGUGGUGGAUAGACACACUGUACUCUGUGUAUUCCUCCACCAUUAAUACCGGAUUCUGUAAUCUCCACUUCUUUUCCUUCUCUGAGUUUUAUAUAAUCAUGAGGAAACUUCUCCACAUUUUUCUUCCGGUUUAGAUUCACCAAGUUGUUUUUUUUAGUUUCUUCUCGAGCUUCUCCCUCAUGCUGUUUCCUGUAAGAUUGCUAUUAUGAACUUCAGUCCUUCAGUUUAAUUUCCUCAAAUUAUUUCCAUUCUUUCACACACUCAGUGUUUUAUUUAGUUAUUAACAUUGUUGUAUAAUUUUAAAAUAUUUGAUGAAAAUAAUAGGAAAUCACACAGUUCUCUGUUGCACUUUAGUGAAAUGAUGCUGUGUACGGUGUAUGGCUGCAUUAACACUGCUUAUUUAUUUAUGGAUGAAUAAUAUUAUAGGAAAUGUUUGUUUACGUCCAUGUAUUAAUGAAGGUGUAGCACAAAAUUAAUGUAUAAUCAGAAAAUAAAGAAAAUAAACAUGAUAA